CCCAUCUCCAGAUCGAUCUCUCCACUCUACCCCCUCUCUUUACGUCAAUAUGUCGUCCCAAAGCUGCCCCGACUUGACCACUCCCGGGAGUCAAUGGUCAUUCUGUCCCAACAUUGACGCAGCCUACAUCAUGUGUGUCUUCUUCGCCUUCACGUUCCUUGCACACGUUGGCCAAGGCAUCUACUACAAGAAGUGGUACUGCUGGGUGAUAUGUAUGAGUGCAUUGUGGCAGACGCUCGCCUACAUCUUUCGCAUCGUUAGCAUCAAGAAUCCAACAAGCCUUGCCGACUACGCGGCGUGGUUUGUGUUGAUACUGGUUGCACCUCUCUGGACCAACGCUUUCGUUUACGUCGGUCCGCAAUCGAAAGAAAGAUAUACGUGCACAAGACUGAUUAGGAACGACAGAUGGUCCUGGGCCGCAUGGUCUGGAACUUCACCCGCCGAGCCAAGAUCUUCGGCAUCUACGCCUGGAGGAUCGGGAUGGUUUUUGUGGUCCUUGACAUCAUAGCAUUCAUCGUCCAGGUCGCCGGAGCCGCAAUGGCAGCCAGCACACUUAACAACGAUGCCGCAAUCCUAAACGACCUCCACAUCUACAUGGCCGGCGUCGGCAUCCAGCAACUCUUCAUCCUCAUCUUUACAAUGUACGCAAUGAGCCUGCAUCGCACCAUCCUCGCGGAAAAACCGCAGCACAUGCGCAAAGCACUCAUCCUCCUCUACACCCUCUACGCAUGUCUAGCUCUCAUCACAACCCGCAUUGUCUUCCGCCUCAUCGAAUACUCCAAAGGCCUGCACAGCACCAUCCCCAACCACGAAGUCUUCCAGUACUGUCUUGACUCCCUGCCCAUGCUCGUGGCGCUCGUGCUGCUCAACGCCGUGCACCCGGGCAGCGUCAUGAGUGGCGAGGGGAGCGAGCUGCCGAGUCGGAAGGAGAGGAGGGCGGGGAGAGUGAGUAAGUUCGAGGGCGUGGAGAAGGCUGGGCAGUCGAAGGGAUCUCUUGGAGCUUGAUCUCGAUCGGAGCAGAGAUACGAGAGUGGAAUGUGUGAUGCAAUCUCUGAAGAGGCGCACGAUAUAGAAG